AUGUUGGAUCCAGAGAAGAUUCCAGAAUUCCAUGCUGGAUCCAGAGAAGAAUCAGGAAGCGUUGACAUCAGGAGGAAAGGAGACUGGAGAAAAGCAGCUUCAGCACCCUCAAGUAAUUUGAGAGAAUGUUCAAAAACAGAAGCAAAAAGUGGCACUGGAGAAACAAGAAAAACUACCCCAAAACAGGAUAUUUAUUUGAGAAUUCAAGUAGUCCCACCACAAAUUAGCCAAAGUGGUCCUAAAUACCAGCAUAAAAGAGAUUUAAGUGGCCCUGAGGAGAACUAUGAAAAGGGACAAAAACCGAAGCCUGAAGUGAAAGUUGAAAAGCUUCCUGAGAAAACUCUGAGUAAAGAAGGGAAGAGAGUAAAAGAUGAAAAAAGAAAAGGUAUCAGGGAGGUUAUGGACAAGGGAAAUAAAAUAGAAAAGGGCCAAUCAAAGAAAGGACAUAGUAUAAAAGAUGAAGGUGAAACUGGGGAACGAAGGGUGAAUGUGAAAAAGAAGGGAGACGAGGACACAGAUUAUAAAGACAAGAAGGGAGAUGAAGACAGGGAGGACCAGGACAAGAAAGAAGAUGAAGAUAGCAACAAGAACAAAGACAAGAUGGAAGAUGAGGAUAAGACAAAGAACAAGGACAUGAAGGGAGAUGAAGAUAAGAUAAAAGUCAAGGAUAUAAAGGAAGAUGAGGACAAGACAGAGAACAAGGACAUGAAGGGAGAUGAGGACAAGACAGAGGACAGGGACAUGAAAGGAGAUGAGGACAAGACAGAGAACAGGGACAUGAAAGGAGAUGAGGACAAGACAGAGAACAGGGACAUGAAGGGAGAUGAGGAAAAGACAAAGGACAAGGACAGGAAGGGAGAUGAGGACAAGACAGAGGACAGGGACAUGAAAGGAGAUGAGGAAAAGACAGAGGACAAGGACAUGAAGGGAGAUGAGGAAAAGACAAAGGACAAGGACAGGAAGGGAGAUGAGGAAAAGACAAAGGACAAGGACAGGAAGGGAGAUGAGGACAAGACAGAGGACAGGGACAGGAAGGGAGAUGAGGACAAGACAGAGGACAGGGACAUGAAAGGAGAUGAGGAAAAGACAGAGGACAAGGACAGGAAGGGAGAUGAGGAAAAGACAGAGGACAAGGCCAUGAAGGGAGAUGAGGACAAGAUAGAAGUCAAGGAUGUAAAGGGAGAUGAGGAAAAGAUAAAAGUCAAGGAUAUAAAGGGAGAUAAGGACAAGGACAUGAAGGGAGCUGAGAACAAGGCAGAAGACAAGGACAUGAAGGGAGAUGAGAAUAAGACAGAGGACAAAGACACAAAGGGAUUUGAGGACAAGAUAAAAGACAAGGACAUAAAGAGAGAUGAGGACAAAAAGAGCAAGAAUAUCAAAGGAGAUUCUAUGAAAAAAAGAGAUAAAAUAAAAAUGAGCAAAGAGGACAAGGAUAUAAACCAAAGAAAAAGUUCCAGGCAGAAAAAGGACAGUAAAAAGUCACACUGA